CAAUGGAUAUCUCUAGAAUAAAGGAGAAAAAUUUGAAAGAAAAAGAAAGAAAGUUGAAAUUACAGAAUGCGAACGGUUUACUAUUAACAACUGUAUUAUCGAUUAAAAAUUUACAGCAGACUAUUUCUUUUCAAUUGCAACCGAAUGAUGUUAUCAUCGGAGGUUAUCCAAAAUCUGGAACAACAUGGACACAGUAUAUUGUAUGGGAGAUCAUUAAUGAAGGAGCUCCACUUCCCAGUGUAAACGAAAUAUGGUAUAAAGAAGUUCCUAAUUUGGAAAUGGUUGGUACUGAUUGCCUUGAGAAUAUAAAAUCUCCUCGUUUAUUUAAAGUUAGUUUACCAUUUAACUAUACGCCAUAUUGUUCUUCUGCUAAAUAUAUUUAUGUGUCUCGCAAUCCUUGGGACUGUUGUAUUUCGGCUUACAACCAUUUCUCGCAAGUAGACGCAGGUUUUAUAAGCUGUACAUUCGACGAAUAUUUUGAGUGUUUCAUUAACGGUGAGGUAUCUCAUGGAGAUUACUUCGAUCAUUUAUUGUCCUGGUAUGUUCAUUGGGACGAUCCCAAUUUUUUAUUUCUUACUUACGAAAAUAUAAACAGAGAUACCAAAAACGCAGUUUUAAAAAUCGCUAAAUUUUUAGACGAAAAAUAUUAUAAAACUUUAACUGAUAAUAAAGAGAUGUUUGAAAAUAUACUCAGACAACUCAAAUUUGAGCAUAUGAAGCGGAAUUGUAUCCUAGAAAGAUCAAAUUAUUCCGAUAAUGUCGAUUCAAAGAAUGAAAUUAAAUUUUUCAGAUCAGGAACGAUUGGUCAAUGGAAACAAUUUUUAACAGAAAAUCAAAAAGAAAAAUUAAAACAGAAAUUUAUUAAAAAAUUAAACGGAACCAACAUGUUUUCUAUGUGGAAAAAUUCUGACAUUUCUUAAUGAAUAAAAUAAGAUCUGGACUCUAUCAUUAGGAUUAUUUUAAUUAAUAAUUAAUAAUUUAGUUUGACAAUGAGGAGAAAAACAAUAUUGACCUUAAACAUUUUUUUCAAAUGUCAUUUCUGUAUUAUCUAUUAAAAUGACCGGUUUAACUAAAUUUAUAAGAAACGUAAUUUUGUUAUAUAUACUACUGUUGUAUCUUGUUGUUUGCAAGCCUGUUAAAGUUAAAAAUAAUUUUGUAUUAAAUAGCCAAAUAAAAUUGUAUUCACACAUAUAAAAUACACAAAAUUUUUUCAAUCACAUACACUAGUAUUAUGUGUAGAAUUAAAACUUAUUCCGCAA